AUGGCAGACACUGAUUCAAAUUAUGUAGCCACCCAGCAGUACAAUGACGAACGACGCUACGGUCAAGGCAACUCGGGACUGUCAGACGAGGAUGCUUCCGACAUAAUCUGCGUUUUGUACCCUAUGACAAUAAACGCAAAUCGAGCUGCCGAUCAGAUCUACAAGGCAACUCCACAGAAUACCCUCGAGACGAGAAGCGAUAUACACAUUAAGGAGAAAGUUACGUCUGCAGAACCAGCAGUUAACACGUUCGAAAUUGCAGCAGAAGGUCUCGUGCCUUGCGGCAUUGCUCUUCGACUUUCCGCGAAUCUGAAGGACCCCCUUAUGGGCUUCCAGUUUGGUCGCAACGCGGAUCGAUGCGACUUCCCCGUAGGCAACAACGAUCCCGGUAGACGAGUUAGCAAUACUCAUUUCAGAAUCUAUAUCAAUGAGCAUUGUGUGAUUAUGAUUGAGGACCAGUCUACUAAUGGCACAAUGAUUGAUAGAACCCUCUUGAAAGCCAAAGAGAAGGAGAAUAACAUGGCCUUCAAGCAUACUCUUGAUUCAGGGCAGAAGAUUGUUAUUACUGGAGGUACAGCAAAGGAUGACUUGGCAUUCAUGACUUGGAUUCCAAAUCGAUCUGAUGAAGCUGAGCUUGCUUAUCAACAGAACGUUACUAAAUUCUUUCUGCGUAAGGCUGCUUUGCGAGAUCAACCUCGAACAAAAGCUCUCAUGCGACCUGGACGGAAUGGUAACCCGGUGAAUCUUUUCCCGACCCCUGCUGCUAAUACCCCUGACUACUCUCCCAUAUCUACAUUUGGCAAGCAUAUUAGAGAAUGGAAAGGUGGCAGCAAAUACAACAGAGUGGCUCAAAUUGGCAAAGGCGCCUUUGCUAUCGUUUACAAGGUCACUGCAAAGCUUGACGGAACACCAUUUGCAGCAAAGGAACUCGAAAAGCGACGCUUUAUGAAGAAUGGAAUUCUCGACCAGAAAAUGGACAUGGAGAUGAGAAUCAUGAGCAAGAUUCAGCACGAAAACAUUGUCAAGUAUAUAGAGCAUAUUGAUUGGGAGGACUACCUCUAUAUCAUUAUGGAAUACAUUCCUGGUGGUGAUCUUGGUACCUUGAUCACCCAAAACGGACCUUUACCUGAACCCGACGUGAAAGACAUGGCCCGUCAGCUGUUGGGUGCUUUGGGUUAUCUGCAUGGCGAGGGAGUAACACACAGAGAUGUCAAGCCGGAUAACAUCCUCAUCGCCCGCCGUCGUCCAUUGCACACCAAACUAACGGACUUCGGGUUGUCAAAGGUGGUUGAGAACGAACAGACUGGCUUGCGUACAUUCUGCGGGACCUUAUUGUAUUGUGCACCUGAAGUAUACACAGAGUAUCGUGAAUACGAUCAGAAUGGCAAGCGAACCGUUCUUCGAGGAAAGGACAAGCACACCCAGCCUGCGGCAAGAUACGACCAUGCUGUAGAUAUCUGGUCUCUAGCUGGAGUGCUCUUCUUCGCUCUGUGCGGCAGUCCUCCAUAUCCAGCAAGCAACGGUUCUACCUAUAUGAUCAUCCUAAACCGGAUUAUGACCGAACCCCUGGACAUUCGUCCUCUUCAGCUUGCCAAUGUUUCGGAGAAUGGAAUCCGCUUUGUCCGCCAAAUGCUCCAUGUCCGUCCUGAAUUCCGAGCUACGAUUGAAGAAUUGCAACAGAGUUCAUGGCUCCUCGGGGACGACGAUAAGGAGCUAUCACAGGAUACCGAACUAGAGCAAGGCACCUCACAACUUAGCCUUCAGGAAACGGACAUCGAGCAAGGCGCUUCGCAGCUCAGUCUUAUUGACGAUUGCGAGGUUGAAGACAGCGCAGACUUCGGCCAAAGUGUCAGUGAUGUUACAGAGAUUCAACAACGCGAGAUUCCCGGCAGCUUUAGUGAUGGCAUCUCGAAUGUCACCAGUAGUUACGAUUAUGAUUACAGUUAUGCUAAUGGCAAUGGUCAUCCGAUCAUCAAUGGGAAUGGGAAUGGCCGAUUGUUUGGGGAGGUGAAUAUUUCCGAUGUGGGAAGUUCUGGGGCUAUCCCCCUUGAUCCGCAAUUGAAUUUGCCACUUCCAUCCACUGCGUCCAACAAUGACCAUCACGGCAUUCACCCCAAAUCCGACCUCAACUUUGACGACUCUGAGCGGCAUGGCAACUAUAGCGAGGACCAACUCGAUCCAUCUCAAAGCGACCAUUUAUCCCAGCUGGCAGGAGUAAUUCCCUCGACUGAGCCUGCCAUUGCUAUGGCGCCUCCAACACAUAUACCCGCAACCACAAACUUCAAAGCUGGCGAUCUCCGUCGUCAACUUCAAGGACAGGGACUACCCGAACGCGCUGUACGAUCGUCUAGUCUGAUGGGUACCGAGUCAAUGGUCGGCCAAUUGAAUAUGCACUCUCCCGUUUCCGCCGCGUCCCCAGGCGCUACUUCACCUCCAGAUGCUGGUCGAGAGAUGAAUACUAGUCUUCGACGACCUCGCGAAGAGGGUUUGGAAGAUGACGAGAACUGGCAACCUGCUGACUUGCCGGCAAAGCGUCGCCGUAAAUCACAACGUGAGAUCGACAUGCCUGUUCCCCAAUCCAUUUUCUGGGACCCAGCCGACAAAUCUACCCAUCACCACAAUUACCCGACGAUGCUCACAUCAGAUUACAACAACCUCAAAGAUUGGGCAAAGUCUAAGGGCGAGGAGUUUGAGCAAGGUCAUAAGUCAUUCGAGGGCACAAUGAAAAGCUUCUUUCGCAGUCGAAGCCAUAGUAAUUCCUUCGUCGAAGUAUCUCCAGUUGCGGGUGAACAGGCGGUAGAUGAGGGACGACAUAUGCUGAUGAAGCGGGACGACCGGACCUUAGAUGAUAUCAAUCCGCAAACUACCCCAAGCCGUGAUGUGGAAGAGGACUAUAUCCCGUCUACGGCUCGUGUUUCAUACGCAGGGUCUCCUCGUCCCGAUGUGCCCAGUAUUACCAUGACGGAUGCACCUCUGGUGCCUGCUUUCGAAUCCGCAUUCCAUGUCCCAAAACGUGUUCUGGCGAAGCUGAUAACGACACCGGACAGCUGCAUUUCCAACAUUAACCUCAGCAUCACUGAAAACGUUACUAGUUGGGGUAGAGCCCCUGAGUCUAUUGUCCGAUAUCCUAACACCAAAGAGGGCCGCGUACCAAAGUCUGCCUUCAAGAUAAUACUGUUCGAAGCCGGUCCUAAUGUAAACUCGGAGCCAAAGCCAGCCCAUGCAGCGUCCAAGGAGGAGAACAAAGCAUUCUACAUAUCGACGAAGGCUUCUCAGGGAAUUUGGAUCAAUGAUGUUCAGCUCUUUAGCUACAAGCCGGAGGAUCGAGGAGGAUAUUCUAGAUACUGGGGCGAACUCCGAGACGGUGAUCUUGUUACAGCCUGGAAGGAUGAGCAACAAUUGAACUUGUUCACCAGGUUUAGAUUCGAAUGCUACAUGGGCAGAUCUAAGAUACCCAGGAAGGGAGACGAGAAAUUCCAGCUUAACAAGAAUCUUAGUUUCCUGGCUGAGAUUGAAGAUGCUUGUAUCAAGCAGCAUGAGUUGAUCUUGAAGGAGCAGGCAAAGGCACGGGCAGAGCAGGCAGCGUUAGUGGAGGGGCUGAACAAGGAGAAUGACACGGAGAACUCCACUCGAGAAGGGAAGGCGAAGGAGAAAGAAAAAGAUGUCCAGCAACCUCUCACCUUCUGA